AUGUACUACAACGCUCUGUUCUAUGGACUGCAGCUGACUGACGGCCCGGGAGGAGAUCUUACGACGAAGGCAUACAUGAAGAUGCUGGAGAGCGUACCCGCUUGGCUUGAGUCUCCAGGUGACACGAAUAUGGAUGUACAUAUUGCAGCCCUCUCAGCAUGGACGGCAAUGACUGCUCACGACUACCAGUUGGCAUGGAAAUUCCACUGCAAAUCGUGCCAGCACAUCAAGUCGAUCGGCAUAGAUCGCCUAGAUAUGGUCCCAGCAAAGUCAUUCGAAGAAGAAACCGAGAGAGAUGUUGGUCGCUACACCUACUGGUAUGUCGUAUCGAUCGACACAUUCUUCCGUUUGUUCUAUGGGAAGCCCACUGUUCUGCGAUGGUCGCCAAACAAGGUCCGCCCGCCCCUACUCUUUCGUCCCGACAACAUGCAUCCUUCGGCGCUCCAUGUUACCAUCAGUGUCGUGUGGGUGCGAUAUACCCUGUUGACCGUAGAGGCGAUCGGUUACAUUGACGAAAACCCGCCACACGAUCGCAACAGCUGUGUCCAAAAGGCUGACGAAGCUUGUUCGCAAAUGGAAGACCUCAUCAGCGAAUGGAGAUUGGAGGAGGUGAUGAACGGCAAAGAGACUACAGAUGAUGUUCGCUUGAACAUAUAUGCGACUAUCAUCGGUAUUCAGAGGCUGGUACAACAGCACCGAACCAGACCCGGACCUAAGGACAUCACCCUCAGAGCCGCACGAAGAGUUUUGAGCAUUAUCCUUGACUUUUAUGCGGAUAUUAACCUCAACGCCAAGUUUAAGAGUAUCACGAAUCAUUUCAUAACGCUCUACCCCUUCUGCGUCGUGUUCACACUCUACGAACACAUUGUGGCAUGCACCAAUCCAGACGAUUGCGAAAGCGACAUACAGUCUCUCGAGACAAUUGGCGUCGCCAUGGCGCAAAGCUGCACAGAGCGCCAGGACUUGAUACCGUUUGCCAAGACGAUCAAUGCACUGAACAGGGUCUCGCGGAGUCUACAAGACGAGAGACGUAGAGGCCCAGCCACUGUGGACUCCAGCGACAGCGUUGCUCAAGGGAUGAACAUGCCGCCGACAAGUUUCGAUACGAUCCAGAACUUGAUGGCCAGCGAACUCCCAGACAUUGACAUGUCGGCCUUUUCAUCGAUGCCGGACUACACCGCGAAUAUGGAUGGCGACUUCCAAUCUCUCGGCUUCUUGAGGGGGCUUGAGAAUGACUUUGUCACGCGGAAUUGGCAGACUGAUUGGUGGGAUCUUGGUGGUGGGGGUGAUGGCGACAUAAGCCAGAUGCCAGCGACGGAUUCCACAGGCUUUCCCUACACUCCACACACAUGA